CAUAACCUCACUCCUCAGCUUUUCAAAUUCAACUUACGAUUAUAAAACAUUUAGAAACUCUCAAUAUAAAUGGAGUGUAAAAAUGUCUCCUCUGCAUCUUCUACAAUUCUUUCUGUGCAGCGUAUGCAUUCACAUGUUUUCGAUAUUUACUUACCUGGUGUACUACUAUGAUUUGUUUACGUCUUCUCAUGAAGCCCAGGAGAAAUAUGAUUUUAUUAUAGUGGGCUCGGGCACAGCAGGAUCUCUCAUAGCAGACAGAUUAUUAAAGGAAACUAAUUACACCUUCAUAGUCCUUGAAGCGGGAGGAAAAGGUCACCCUUUCCAUGAUAUACCAGCAUUUGGCCCACUCCUGCACAGAUCAGUAUUUGAUUGGCAUUAUGAAACUGUUCCGCAGGAAAAUGCUUGCUUUGCUAUGGAAAAUUCUAAAUGCAAACAAACACAAGGCAAAAUUCUUGGAGGAUCAUCAAAACUGAACAAUAUGAUCCAUGUCCGAGGCAACGUAUCACACUAUGUUGAUUGGUUCCACGGUAAAUACACAAAAGAGUAUAUAGAAGAACAUUUUAAUUAUAUAGAAUCUAAUAUUUAUCCUUUACGUAAUAUACAAUAUGAUAGUCAAUUAAGUGAUGCUGUUUUAGAUGCAGCAAAACAACUAGGUUUUAAUGAAUUAAAUCAUCAAAAUAGUCUUGGUUUUCAAAAGUCUUUACUUACUCAAAAUCAAGGUAAAAGAUGGACAACAUCUGAUAACUUUGACACAUCCAAGUAUGUUUUAACUAAUGCGCUUGUUGAAAAGUUAAUAAUCAAAAAUAAUAAAUGUUUAGGUGUACAAAUAAAUUAUCCAAAAAAAGUAAAAUUGUUUGCAGAAAAGGCAGUUAUAAUUAGUGCAGGUACUUUUAACUCUCCUAAACUUUUGCAGUUAUCAGGCAUAGGACCUGCAGAACUAUUGAAAUCUCUAAAUAUUUCUGUGGUAAAGGAGUUGCCAGUAGGAAAAAACCUGCAAGACCAUGUUGGUACAGGUUUAGAUUUGGUACUUUUCGAUACAUCACAAUCUGUGGGUAUGUUUGAUAUGAUGAAUUUCUUUAAUCUAUACAAGUAUUUCGUUAAUGGUGUAGGACCAUUAACUACACCUGGUUGUGAAGUUGUGGGAUUUGUUUCUACAAAAAAUGAAACAAUACCAAAUAUUCAAUUCAUGGUGUUGCCAGUAGGAAUAACUGCAGACAGAGGUAGUCAUUUAAGAAAGUCUCUAGGUAUAGCUGAUUUUGUAUGGGACAACUAUUUUAGUAAACUAUUUGAGAAGUAUACAACCACAUUUUUCCCACUGAUACUUCACCCUAAAAGCAUAGGUGAAGUUAAAAUUAAAAGUCAAGAUCCUAAUUUACCACCACUUAUUGAUCCAAAAUAUUUAUCACAUCCAGAAGACUUAAAAACCUUAGUGGAUGGAAUCAAACUGUUGACAAAACUACUUGAAACAGAUGCUAUGAAAAGUAUAGGAGCUCAUUUAAAUAAAAACCAUUUUCCUGGAUGUGAAGAGUACGAUUUAUUUUCAGAUUUAUAUUUAGAAUGUUAUGUUAAACAUUUAACUUUAUCUAGUUAUCAUCCUAUAGGUACAUGCUCUAUGGGUACCGACGCUAGACAGUCUGUUGUCGAUUUAACCUUUGCAGUAUUUGGAAUAGACAACCUCUAUGUUGUUGAUGGUUCAGUGUUGCCAACAUUGCCAAGUGGUAACAUAAACGCGGCAAUAGCGAUGAUGGCUAAUAUAUUUAUCGAAAAUACUAUCAACCAAUUUAAUUUAAAAACAAAUCAACAUAUGUGCAGUAGAAAUAUUUCAUUUGAAGAAUUAUUUUUAAAUGUUUGCCCAGUCAGAUAAAAUGAAAUAACACAUUAUUUUGAAAAAACUGUAAACUAUUUUCUUUUAGUUUAGGCACGUAAAGACAGCACUUACCAUAUUAUUUUAAGUAUAUAAUUAUGUUAGUAGGUUGCUACUCAUUUAAAAAAAUGCCAUGACUAAAGCCCCAGGUGGGUGUGCCCAUAAUCACCACGCUGCUGGCCCGACGGGUUCCUUGUUUCAGAUAUGUUAUCCUAUAAUAGUUAUAUUAGGUAUACUUAUCUCAACGUAAAACACAAUAAAACACCAAAAUGUAUACCUUUUAAUAAUUUAUUUAAGGUCACGUCUACUGAUAAAGUUCCGUACAUAAUUUGAGCUGAGUUUCCGAAACAACCAUAAUACUGUAUUUAUAACGUAAAAAAACAUCUUUACGUGUACAAUCGAGCACAAAAUCUUUAAUGACAUUCAUAAAUUAUUCUAUAUAGGUAUUUCUUUUUAUUGACUAACAAAUAGACUGCGAUAACCGAUGGUAAGUUAGGAUGAAAAUCUUAAGAUAGAAGGGUUUUGCAGUUUUUAAAACACACACCUACCCUAUCUAUACAGUAACGCUUGUUGGCGGUACAGUUUUGCCAUCAGAUUAGACCAUUAGAGCGUUCACAAGCCAACAAAAAAGGCGGCGGCAAUCACCGCUGUUCCAUACAGGUUCCAUCCGCAGUAUUUUAUUACUUAAACUAUCCCCACAUUUGACACGCUACUAGUACUUCGUAUUAUAUUACCGCUGAUGAUUAGCAAUUAUAUUCUUAUACGUUAAUUUUUUUUUAUAUUCGUAUCAGUUUCUCACACUAUAAAGCUGUAUUUCAUUAUUGCCUACGGUCAAUUUCUCAAAAAUCUACGUUUAUUUUCUUAAAUUAUAUUGCUUUUUACAAAACUGCAGAUUCAAUAAUAUUUUUUUCAUGUAUUAUUCAAUUCUAACUAGUACACAUCAAACUACGUACGAUUACACCAAUACUAUGGACCCUAAGGUCUAAAUUUACUUGAAGAAAAAAUUAAAUUAGUUAAGUCCAUUUUGAGUAUAGAAAAUAUAGUCUUUAGACUAUUUCUAGACAUGUAUUUGGAUUGUACAAAUUGCAAUUAUUUAAUGCGCUUUAAAUAUUAACCCGAUUCAUAUGAGAUAAAAAUUGAUUGUGAAAAAUACACAAUAUACCAAAUAAUAGUAAUUAAAA